GGCAGAGGGGCAGUCUGCUUGAUUCCAAUGUGUGAGCCAUGUCGACGGUCAGUGAUGUGCUUGAGGGCCCUUUCAUCGUGGCGGGCAGGCAUUUGCUGGACACCUUGGAGAUGGUGUACUUAGCGCGUGCGUCUCUGCAGCUCCGGCAUCUUUGGUCUGAAACUUUGCAGGAGAAGAAAGUAGAAGUCAUUGAUGCUUGGACAGAACCAGCGUCCCUGUUGCUGCCAGGGCCCCGCAGUCAGACCUUUUUACAUUUCGAUAUUGGAGACUGAGGCCGCUACAGAGCCAACAUGUCAGGGUUUUCUAUUGUAGUAGGACAUAUUCAAUGCCACUUGGUGAAUGCGGUGCUUUUCUGCUGUAGAGACUGUGUUUGCAUCCCUGCGGUGUGAGCGCACUUUUGUGAGAACACGGACCCGCCACACAAAUCAGUUUUGUCCCAUGCUCCAUGUUUGGGAUUUGGGAUCUCCAGCCAACCAAUUAGCCUUUCAGAGCUUUGAAGGGAGCACUGGCAGGAUAUGCGGGCGCUGGAGAUACUGCUUUCGAAGGCACGUGGUGCAACGUUUGCAUCAUCCGCCUUGAACUUCAAGAAGAGCUUCUUGACGGACGAUGACAUGGAACUACUGUGCUCCAGCCCGAAGUUCUGCAUAACCAUGAGCAAAGUGGAGGAUUUUUGCAUCAAUGUCAACGACAUUAGCGACAUUGGCCUCAGUAGAUGGGCACAUGUGGGUGCUUUGCUCCCAUUCAGUUCUUUGACAGAUUUCUUUGCGAUUGACAACCUUUUCGGCGAUGAAUUUAUGAAGGUCUUUGCUGAAGCAGCUGGCAAGGGCGCUUUCCCAAGCCUUCGAUUGAUGUAUCUUUACGGAAAUGCCAUCGGUGACGAUGGCUUUGAAGCCUUGACGGAAGCGAUGGCGCAAGAUGCGUUUGCGCCGAAAGGGCUGGAAACCCUGUUAGUCAUGGGCAACAAAAUCACAGACAAAGGUGCUGUGAGUUUGUGGAAGCCAAUGCAGCUUGGCCGGCUUCGUUUGCUUCGGAGCUUCGGCAUUGGCAACGGGGUGAGUGAUGAAGGUCUGCAAAUGCUGGUGGAGGGUGGCCUUCAGGGCAAUUUGCCUGAGCUGUCGGAGCUACAUUUGACUGAGAACCCUUUGACGGACAAAGGCAUAGCCUCCUUGCUGCAAGCUCGAGAAGCUGGCGCACUGGAAUGCCUCUCUCAUGUUGGCUUAGAGGGCACAAGAACCAGUGCCCGUGCCCGGCGGGCAGUUCUGGACAUGCUGGAGAGGAGAGAAGACGAAGACGGCUGACGAUCAAAAGCUCGUUUCAUUUGAAGCAUGUUUGCUGAUUGGACCUGAGACCUUGUCUCCACACCUGCCAAUCCGAA